GUGCAGAGGAAGCUUUUAGCAACCCUGCAAAAUGUGUGGCUUCAGUGGAACUCACUUCAGGUUGGCUGUAUUCUGUUUGGUCAUUGCCUCUCAUGACAUCAGACUUGCAAAUGGGUGUAUCCAUGAUGAAGUUGAUGUAGAUGGAGGCAGUUACAGAUCCACUGAUCCAGUGGUCGAAUACAUACCAACAUUCGCAUUGCCCGGUCAAGUGGAUUUGAAACCUCAGUCUCAUGGCCAUCACAGUCUGUCCAGGGGCCCUUUCCAAGAUGUCAGCCAUGGCUCAGCGUAUGUACAGACCUUCAAACCUGUGCAACAAAGCCAAAAGCCAUUCAUUGACGACUGGCAGCAACAAGAGACCUCUAAAUCUGUGCAGCAGAACCAGCAGCCAUCCUUAAGCAAAUGGAAAACCCGGUUCCUUGCAUCACAGCAGGCCAGAUAUGAAUCUACACAGCAAAACCCAAAUGUGGCCACUGGAAACUCAAAGCCCCAGACCUUUGGCUCCUCCCAGACUAUAUACAGACGUACUGGCCAAAGAAACUUUCUGCCAUCACAGACCAACCAGAACCAAGAUGGAGGCAGUUACAGAUCCACUUACCCAGCGGUCGAAUCCAUGCCAACAUUUGCAUCGCCUGGUCAAGUGGAUUUGAAACCUCAGUAUCAUAGUCAUCACAGUCUGUCCAGGGGCCCUUUCCAAGAUGUCAGCCAUGGCUCAGUGUAUGCACAGACCUUCGAACCUGUGCGACCGAGCCAAAAGCCAUCCAUCGACUACUGGCGGCAACAAGAGACCUCUAAAUCUGUGCAGCAGAUCCAGCGGCCAUCCACCAACAACUGGCAGCAGCAAGGGACCUCUAAAUCUGUGCAGCAGAACCAGAAGCCAUCCUUAAGCAAUGGGAAGACCCAGUUCACUGCGUCACAACAGGCUCCAUAUGAAUCUACACGGCAAAACCCAUAUGUGGCCACUGGAAACUUAAAGCCCCAGACCCUAGGCUCCUCCCAGACUAUAUACAGACGUACUGGCCAAGGAAACUUUCUGCCAUCACAGACCAACCAGAACCAAGAUGGAGGCAGUUACAGGUCCACUUACCCAGCGGUCGAACCAACAUCUGCAUCGCCUGGUCAAGUGGAUUCGAAACCUCAGUAUCAUGGCCAUUCCAGUCUGUCCAGGGGCCCUUUCCAAGAUGUCAACCAUGGCUCAGCGUAUGCACAGACCUUCGAACCUGUGCGUCUGAGCCAAAAGCCAUCCAUCAACAACUGGCAAGGGACUUCUAAAUCUGUGCAGCAGAGCCAGCAGCCACCCCUUAGCAAUUGGAAGACCCAGUCCACUGCAUUACAGCAGGCCACACAUGAACCUAAACUGCAAAACCUAAAUGUUGCCACUAGCAACUCAAAGACCCAGAGCUUUGGAUCUUCCCAGAAUAUAUACAGACGUGCGCAGAGCAAGGAGACAUCAAUUGACGACAUGAAGCAACAGGUCUCUGGAUCUUCUCACAAUGGAUACAAACCUGUGCAAAGGAACCUGCAGCCAUCAUUUCACAGGGGGCCAGAGUCUGUGCAACGGCACCAACGGAAAUCCUUUGACGGUUCAAAGGAACAGACUGCUGGAUCUGUGACAUCUUCCAGAUCUUCACAGCUGCAUCAGCCACAAUCCUUAAACAAUUGGCAACAGGUCUCUGGGUAUGUGACUCAGAGCAAGGGGGCAUCGUCAGACAGCUGGAAGCAACAGGCUUCUGGAUCUUCAGAGAAUGUAUACAAACCUGUGCAGAGGAAUCAGUGGCCAUACAUUAUUAAUCGAAAGUCCCAGCCCUCUGAAUCGGUGAGCCCUACAUACAAACCUGUGCAGAACCAAGAGAAGUCCUCUAACAACUGGAAGCAGCAGGCCUCUGGAUCUUCACAGAAUGCACACAAACCUGUGCAGAAGAUCCAAUGGCUAGAUGGUUCUAGAACAGAUCUAGGUCAGUUCUUGGGGUCUUCACAAGAAACCUCAAAGCAGCAGAAACGGCACAGGCCAAUCUACGGUAGUUGGGUGCCUCUUGACUCUCGUCCUCCACUGAUCUCAGAAUCCGCUGAAGACGACCUUCAGCAGUCGUCCUUCGAUGGAUGGAAGAUGCAGGAGUCAUCCGCGCCCUCCAUCCCUGACCAAUCCAUAUGUGAACGCUGCCAGUUUAAGCUUGAUAUGAGUUUGGUUCCUCUUACUCAGUCGGGCAACAGAUGGUCGCAGAAUACCAAUACCCACCAGGAUCUUUUAGACCAGGAAGACCCCAACCACUAUAGUGCUCUUCUGGACAGCCAUGCAGAAGUCUCUGUUCCCCUGGCUUAUCCAUCUGAGUCGGGGAAUACCCACCAGGAUCUAUUUCAUGACCAGGAGGAUAGCACUCUGUACAACCAUGGAGAAGCCUCAGGUCCCUUGGCUUAUCUUGGGGAGAUCAAAGGAUGAAUAGGUUUAGUCUUCUUUAAAUCAAGAUUCAAUAAAAUCUAUUUUUCUACAA